AUGUCUAGUGAUGGAUUUACGUCCAUAAUAUCCAUGUUUUACGCCGUUUUUCAUCCCACAGAGGGAACGAAGGUUGUCUGUCAGGUUCCUAGUGGCUCAAUUGUGCCUGCAGAUAAAAGCAAAGACUCGUCCACGUUGGCCGUUCCCUUGUUCGAUUUUGAUUCUAUCAAAAACUACGUGAUCCCUAAACCAGCACUCUGCAACAAAUUAGUGACUUUCAAAAUUAGCAGUUACCGUGUGGUGGGUUUUCCUGUCAACAUAUAUGCGUCUCAUUACGCUCGAAACUCUUUCAGCUUCAACCUGUGUUUUGUUUUUAAAUACGAAGAUGAUACCACCCCCUAUGAAGGACAUGUCAAAAGAUUAGGACGGAUGUUCCGCGCGCUGGAGGAACAAUCGCAAAUGUUGUCCAAGGCAGAUAAGAACCAUGAAGACUUCUUCAAGCCUCAAAAGGAUCUGGAGCCCAAGACCUGGUCCCAGACUUCGAAUUAUAUUCGAAUAAUACAAGAUGAAGAUGUCGGCGACGAAGUGACAUUCCCCAAUCAAAAUAUAAAGCAUUCUGAGUCCAGCGAUCCAAUACUUGCAUCUAUUGAAAGUCUAGUCCAGCAAAUCUACCAGGACUUGAAUAACUACUCUGAAUGCCUCAUUCCUAUAGACUCUGCGAACUCUGUGGACAUCAAGCUGUUCCCCAUUUUGCCCCCGCCUCCAGAACUGAAUGCCUACGAUGUUCCUAUAGCGACAGUGAAACUAGAAACAAUGGUGGAUCCGCUCUGGGACCCGACGAUGGUGAGAAUCCUACCUUUUAUCAAUGGUGUCAACUCUAUAAAAAAAAUUAGCAUUCUAGCAGAUGCAGAUUACGAACUAACAAAGCAGUGUAUUCAGCACCUGAUCCACUUCAGGUCCGUUGCAGUUCUAGAUGUAUUUCAAUUUUCCAACUGUUACGCUCCCACUUCGGAGAUAUGCAACUUCUUGCGCGAUCCAAUGAUGGCUUCUGAAUGUCAAGGAUACGUAAUUUCAUCCACAGGAACAUUUGACAACUUGCCUCUCCAGAGAGGUCAUGAUGUAGCAUCAAAUGCAGACAUGGAAAACUCUAGCACACAUUCUUCUUUAUUGGGGAAUGAAAGGUCACAGAUGCACGAGAGUCAGUCUUUUUCUCCCAAAACCAACUCUUACCCAAAUCAUAAGUCUGCUCAAAAGACUACAUUCGUUCCCUUGCCAUCCAAGGCGACUCUGUUUUUUCUUUAUCGAUCGAUGAAUCAAAAUCUCACUCUGCGUCAAUGGUAUUCAGAGAAUAGCAAGCUCCUGACUCAUAUCGAUAUCAGGAGGUUCGUUACCUUUGGCGUCCUAAGGGGAAUUAUUUACAGAGUGCGAACUUAUCCUGUGUCCAGCAAAUUUUCGACAUCCAUAGACUUGGACACAACAUAUACAAAUUACAAUGACGGUGCACACCCCAAGAAACCCAAUUAUAAUGUAUCUGUGCUGCCUGUCACUAACAACAUUGGAAAAGUCAGCAACGGUCUUGAUAAUGACGAUAAGCUGAUCGAAGCAGCAGAGAGCAAUGACAAGUUUUUGGAUCUGACAGGCCUCAAAUCAGAGCGUCUUAAGAAGCAACAAGAAAUGAAACUUUCUCGCUUGCUGAAGAAAUGCCGGGAUUUCGAUAUGAUAUGCACGGAUAUGAACAUUCCCAAAAAAGAGGUUGUCGAAAUCCUUACGAGGAUGGGUGAUUGGAGCGUUAUUAAUUCGUAA